GUCAUGGCGCGCCGAGUCCGCGGGGCGGAGAAAGGGAACCCCGCUCGGGGAGGGGGGUAGGGGAAGAGGGAGGGGCGGACGGAGAAGAAGGGGCGGACUCCGAGCGGCAGCGACGCAAGAUGGCGGCGACCACGGGCUCGGGAGUAAAAGUCCCUAGAAAUUUCCGGCUGUUGGAAGAACUUGAAGAAGGUCAGAAAGGAGUUGGAGAUGGAACAGUUAGCUGGGGUCUUGAAGAUGAUGAAGAUAUGACACUUACAAGAUGGACAGGAAUGAUUAUUGGACCUCCAAGAGUGGACCCAAGAGCCAUAUCCGUGCUAGCAAAAUGGCAGAAUUCAUAUAGCAUCAAAGUGGUUCUGCAAGAGCUUCGACGUCUAAUGAUGUCUAAAGAAAAUAUGAAGCUUCCUCAGCCGCCUGAAGGACAAUGUUACAGCAAUUAAUCAAAAAAAAAAAUCUUCCCCCUUUAUUCAGUUUUAAGCUGUCUUCAUUUUCCACAGUAGUAAAUUUUCUAGAUGCAUCUUGUAGACCUCAAAGUACUGGAAAGGAAGUUCCCAUUCAAAAGCGAUUUAUCUUAAGAUACUGUAAAUGAUACUAAUUUUUUCAUUUGAAAUAUAAGUUGUGCUAUAACAAAUAAUCUUGUCAUGUGUAACCACUGUCCACUUAGUUGAACUUCUGGUAUCAAGAAAGUCUAUUUAAAUUUAUUACUGUCAUAACCAGUGUGGCACAUCUAACUCAACUGUGAAAAAAUAUAUCACACAAUCACCUUGCUGCUUAUAUGGCCAAGGAUUCCCACCACCCUACUCCUAUGCCUUCCCCUGCCCUUUGUAAUAGUGUUCCAGCACUGAGCCAUUUAUUAAAGUAGACACAAAGGUUUUAACUUCCAGUAUGAUGCAGGAAGUUUAAUGGACUACUAUUGAGGGUGUGUGCUAACUUGUCACCCCUCCCUUUGUGCUAGCUCUAGUAAAGGCUGAGAAUGCUGGUGUCUUUAUUUUUAUUAUUAAAUCCCUUCCAUUUUAAAUGGUGCCCCAGCAAGCCAUUUUACUUCCCCACAACCUUUGGCCAACAAAUAGAUUGUAUCCCUCUCCCACCCACUCAUCCACCCUCUCUUACAUGGGCCUUUGGUGAGGGAUUCAGGGUUCUUUCAGUGUCUUCUCUUCCCCCACCUUCAUCACGGGGUGCUGCUUUUCCCUCCUUCCUAAAACUAAUCUCCCCAUUUCAAUGAUACUUCUUCGCUUCUGGCCAGUAGCCAACCCAGGUAGGGUUGGAAGAAAUCCCUGACUCCCUUUGCUUCUUAUUUUCGGAACUGCAUUUAAUCUUCACCAGCCUGGGAAAUGAAUAUCUAAACUGUUUGCAAACCUAGAUCACCCCCUCUACGAGCCCUGCCUUGCCAGGGCGCUGGCAAUGGGCAGUGUUUUUAGCUCAGCUUUUGAUACAGUGACAAGAGCAGUAAUUUCCCAGGAUUGCUCAGAUCUGCCAGCUUAGCAAAGGUUUUAGUAGUUAAAAGGAAGGGCUGCCUAAAGACUCCCUAAGCACACACUCCAGUUGAAAGAAUUGGACUUGUCUUUGAAAAUUGAAGAAAUGUGACUUGACAAGCAUUGCACUCACUUGGUUGCUCUUUUUGCCAUAGCUUAAUAACAGGUUUGGAAUUCAAUAGCGGGAACAAAACCUUCGAUUUAUAUUUGGUACAGAUUUAGGUUUUGGCACUUCCUUCUUUCAAGCUCUUCAACAAAGAUUGAAAGGGGAAAAACCUGGGUGCGUUGUAGAUCCCAGAAUUUGGCUGGCAGAACUCCCUGGCAAAUCACUGCCUUUUCUGAUUCACUGUCUUGGACCACUAGCUGCUGCAAUGUGGAUGCAAGCUUAAAUAAAAACAAUUUAUUGUGUCCUGAGGGCUUUUUUUUCUUCUAAUUCAGUAUUUGUGUAAAAUCCACAUUUUAAAGCAGCAGCUGUCAAGUCAGAAAAUAGAAUUGUUUCCAUUAAAAUUUUUGGGGAAAAUAUUCGUUGUAAGGAUUUCAUAUCCUCUGUAAUUAAAGUUUAACAUAACAGUAUUCCAUAAGCAGCCUUUUUAUUGUCAGACCAUUGCCUGGUUUUAAUAUAAUAAAGUGUGCGUUAAUAUUAAGAGGCUGCAGUCUUAUUCCUCUUAGCUUAUUGAUUUAAGAGCAGAACUGCUCUGAGCUGUGGCCUUUAAUGUCCUGGAUGCUAGAAAGAGAGCCUUCUGUGCCUAGCUAGUCCAUAACUCUUUUGUCAUUUGUUCAGUUGAUGUAGGUUUUCCAAAUAAGUUCUCUAACCAGUGCAUUUUCUGCCCUGAUAAAACUCGUGGCCAAACAAAUCAAACCCUAGGAUAAUGGGAAAGGACCCUUUCUCUCCUUGUCUCAGCAACCCCGGUACUGUUAUGAUUUGUCUGUGAUAAUCAUGCAUUUCUCUCUGUUUAAAGUUGCUAACCACAGCUUCCCUCAUGAAGUUGUUCAUCUCUUGCUGAAAGUAAUUGAUAGCUUUGCUGAUUUAAGCUCCAAAGGCGUUUACCUUGUUGGAUUUUAAUUGUUUGAAAUGAAAUCAUUUUGAUUUUGAAGAACUGAAAAUUUGGGUGACCAAAUAAAGUUUACUUGAAUAGUUGAGUGAGGUGAUGGGUAGUCAAGAUGAUACUGAGAAUGUACAGACUGGACCCUUUUACUAUUAGGGAAGACUACCCUUAUCAUGUCUGGAAAGUGUUUUUUUGCCCUUAUCCUCUUGCAAGUGUCUUCUUUGGUUUGUUAGCUUACCAAAGAUUAGAGAGCGGUCUCAUUGAGUGCCUUCCUCUAAGAAGCAAGCUCCUGGGCCAUCCUUAGCCUUGCAGUACCUAUCUUUAUACUGAGUUAAGAAACUACCACUGAAGAAGAGGGAUGGGAUGGGUUUCCAAAACAAGUCCCCACAGGAAGAGAAACUUGGAUUUUUGCAAAAUAACCCUUAUUUGGGCCAGCAAUGUGAGUUGCUUUUAAGAUAAGAAUUAACAGUAACACCCCAAAAACUAUUGAAUUUUAACACUUCCAAAUGAAAUAAAAUGUGGCUUUGGCUCCUUUUUUAAGACUUUAAAAUUCUUCCUCUUGGUACUUUGUUCAGCCUUACUAUAGGGGCUUUGAUAUCUCUCUUCUUUCAUAUGUAGCCCAAGCCAGCUAGAUGAAAGAAGACAGGUCAACCCUUGGAAACGAUUUUUACUAUCAGCACAGUUUGAAAGGUUCAGCUGUCAGAAAAAUAAGACAGUACAGAAGAGGUGGUGAACUUCAUUCUUAUAGUCCAUGAUAUCCAAAAGCAGAGGCUGACAGUCCAUAUUUCAUGUCCUAUAGUGCACAUCCCUUCUUCUUGGUAGCAUUUACCCAACCCAACUGUAAUGAGUAUUUUUGAAAAUACCCUCGUUUAAACUUAAAAUGUGACUGGGUUGAUUUCCCUGUCUGUCCCUCCCUCCCCUUUUAGGAAGAGAGGAUGGGGAAUGGGGGUGGUGAGCAGUGCUCUGCUUAUUAUUGAACUUUAGAUUGGUGUACCCAGUGGGAAGGAUCCAAAAGAUGUAUGAAGGCCUAAGCCCAGCUUAGAGUAGAAAUGUUAUUUCUGCUAUCCUAGCAUCAAAGAAAGCCUUCUUGUGCCUGGCAAUGACAUAGCCUUCUUUGUCCCAUAUUUGCUUAUUAGGGUCCUCUCUGAUCCCUAUAUUUUCUAUCUUUUCUCCUCAUGCAAAGAGAUUGCCAUGUAAAAUGUCACUGUAUUUGAAUCAAGUGUGAUGCAAAAGUGACUUGGGAAAUAUAAUUGCUGGGGGUUUUGAGGGUGGGAGAAAUCUUAGGAAAUUGAUUCCCUUUGGUUGCUAGAUCUGCUUUCAAUCUGUUACCGUAUUGGUCCAGAUAUAGGCUAUACUCUUAAAUUGACAUCUCUUUGGAAGGGAGUAGGGGGAGAAUAUCUACACUGAAAAAUAAUAUUAAAGUUCCUUAAAAAUCCAUUUACUGUGAAAGGCUUUUAAAUUUCUUUCAGUUCAAAUAAACUUUUUUUUUUAAUUCACUUUAUCCUCACUUCUCUUUGUCACUUUCACUGUCAUCCUCUUCCUGAUUUCUGUAAUGUAUGACUUUAGGUGGUAUUAAGGUUUCCUACAAACCAAAUUUUUUAGUGGGGAGAGAAGUAGAAGAAGGGCAGAGUUAAGCCAAUAUUGGUACCAAUACGGUAAAUUUGCAAAAUCAGGAAAUAAGACAUGAGCAAUGUGUUAGAACUGCCCUGUGACCUUUGCUGCAUUCUUGAAACUUGAGUGAGGGCAGGUAUAUAGGGUUUUCAAAGCAAUAUCUGUAUGGAUUGUUUCUGAGGCUUUAGACCUGUGGGUUGAUUGGUAUGUGUGCCACAUCAGGCAAGGUUUAGUGUUGUCUAGCAUUGUGAAUGGUAUAAAAAUAAACAGUUAUGCUAUUUUUUCAUUGCCCUA